CACCACCUUUUCCUUCAUUUUUGUGCCAUUUUCAUUGCCAGACCCCCUUCUCCGCCCUCCAUCAAUCCCCAUUUCUCAUAGAUUCGGUGAACAAAACAACCAUGUUCUGUAGUUGGUCACCAUCUUCUUCUACUCUUUUCCUUCUAUUUUUAUGAACAGGCAAUCCUGGUCGAUGCAUGUUCAUCUUUGUUCAAGAAAACCAUGUUUUUCUUCAACAGGAAUAAUCUUUAUUUCUUCCUCUGUUUUCUUCUACUUCUUCUACCUUCGCGAGCUCUGAAUACAGAUGGGGUUUCUCUGCUUUCCUUCAAAUACUCCAUUCUGAAUGACCCAUUAUUGGUCUUACAGAGCUGGAACUAUGAUGAUGACACGCCCUGUUCGUGGAAUGGAGUGACAUGCACGCAAAUCGGAAGCCCUGGGACGCUGGACAUGUUCAGGGUCACUGGCUUGGUUCUUCCAAACAGUCAGCUUCUGGGUUCAAUCCCUGUAGAGCUUGGUUACAUCGAGCACCUUCGUUAUCUGGAUCUCUCCAACAACCUCUUCAACGGAUCUUUACCGGAUUCACUCUUCAACAAAACGGAGCUCCAGGUGCUUUCCUUGUCCGGCAAUGUGAUCUCCGGCGAAUUACCAGAGUCUGUCGGUGGACUGGUUAGUCUUCAGUUGUUGAAUCUCUCCGACAAUGCCUUGGCUGGGAAGGUACCUGAGAAUAUCACUACUCUGAGAAACUUAACAGUUGUUUCUCUGCGUGGCAACUACUUCUCCGGGGGUAUUCCGAGCGGUUUUGGGUCGGUUGAAGUGCUAGAUCUGUCUUGGAAUAUGCUUAAUGGGUCUCUCCCAUUGGAUUUCGGCGGUGACAAUCUCAGUUACCUGAACUUAUCUUACAACAAGAUUUCUGGGUCCAUCUCACCGGAGUUUGCAAAGCGGCUUCCGCAGAAUGCUACAAUCGAUCUCUCCUUCAAUAAUUUAACAGGGGCGAUUCCAGAGUCUCUCGCUCUGUUUAAUCAGAAAACAGAGUCGUUUUCCGGUAAUGUGGGCCUCUGUGGGAGGCCCCUGAGAAAUCUCUGCCCAAUUCCUUCGACUCUCUCCACUCCACCAAAUAUGUCGAUGAGUAUAUCGCCGGCUAUUGCAGCCAUACCAAAGCAAAUUGACUCCAGCUCUGGAACAAACACACCGGAGGGACCGAACAGUACUCAAAGGGGCGGUAUGAAACCCGGUACGAUAGCAGCAAUUGCGGUGGCGGAUUUGGCCGGAAUAGCCAUUCUCGGCAUGAUCAUUCUCUAUGUCUACCAACUCAAAACCCGAAAGAAUCCCAGUCAAGAAACCGCAAAAACAAACCCAGAUAAAAAUCCAGAUAAAAAAGUUGCAGAUUUUAAUGUUAUAGUCUCAAAAGCUGAAGUGCAAACUCCAGAAUCAUCAUCAUGUUUAUGCAUGAAAUUAAAACAGGUGGAGACGUCGGAGACGAGUACCAGCUCUGAUAGCGAUCCAGAAGAUCAGAGAAACGUGGGGGCAAUCAAUGUGAUGAACUCGAACACAGGUGAGGGAUACCAGAAAGGAGGCAAGCUGGUGAUGGUCGACGGUGAAACGGAGCUAGAGCUGGAGACAUUGUUGAAAGCUUCGGCGUAUAUCGUCGGAACAAGCGGGUCGAGCAUAGUGUACAAGGCGGUGCUAGCGGACGGGACGGUGUUUGCGGUGCGAAGGAUUGGGGAGAGUCGCGUGGAGAAAUUGAAGGAUUUCGAGACCCAAGUGAGAAUCAUUGCCAAAUUAAAGCACCCGAAUCUGGUUCCGGUUCGUGGGUUUUACUGGGGAGAAGAUGAGAAGCUCCUCAUCAACGACUAUGUCUCCAAUGGCAGCCUCGCCACCGCCGGUUACAGAAGAGCAGGUUCCUCACCAAGCCAUCUAACUUUGGAAGUGCGUCUCAACAUAGCAAGAGGAGUAGCACGGGGACUGGCCUACAUUCAUGAGAAGAAACAAGUGCAUGGCAACAUCAAACCGUCCAACAUCCUCUUGAACUCUGACUUGGAGCCAAAACUUAGCGAUCUUGGUCUAGACCGACUCUUUGGGGUCAAUGCCAACUACAAAGCAGAUGGUUCAGACCGGUUCUUCGGCAGCCAUCGGUCCGCAAUGUCUCAUGAUGGACCACUAGACCACUCAACUGGUUCAAGCCCUUACACAUCCGUUGCCUCAUCCACAGGGCUUGCACCACCAUAUCAAGCUCCAGAGUCACUUAAGAACCUCAAGCCAAACCCUAAAUGGGAUGUGUAUUCUUUUGGUAUAGUUUUGCUUGAGCUUCUCACAGGUAGGGUGUUUACAGAUCGAGAGCUUAGCCAAUGGGCCAUGGUGACUGGUUCGGUUGGGGAGGAGGAAAACCGGAUUUUGAGAUUGACUGAUGUGGCAAUUAGGGGAGAGGUGGAGAUCAGGGAGGAGACCAUGUUGGCCUGUUUUAAGUUAGGAUUCCGGUGUGCUUCCUUUUCGCCUCAAAAGAGACCGUCUAUGAAAGAAGCAGUUCAUGUCCUGGAGAAGAUAUCCCUCCCAUUACUUUGUGCUAAGUAAUGAUGUAUUCGGGUCCUACAAAAGUUAGCCGUUGGUCUAAAAGUGUUUUCUUUCGGUUUCUUUUCUUGUUUUUUGGCUUUUGACUUCAAAGUUGCAUAAAGGGCAGACUUGUCU